AUGGAUCCUUCGUGGAAAGAAAACGAAUCACUCUCGAUGCAAUUGUUGCACGGAAACGAACGGCUUUUAGAGCUCGACCUGGACUAUUUGGAAAGAAGAGGAGGCGAUUCGAUAACCUGUGAAAACGCUGAAAGCAGAUCGAAAGAGGAAGAAAGCCCUGCAGACACUCUGGAUCGUGUCAAAGUUGUAUUUCUCGGUGCACCUGGGGUGGGAAAGUCCAGCAUAAUUAGGCAAUUCGUGUGGAGCGAAUUCUCCGAGGAAUACAAGCCGACCGAGCGCAGGGAGACCUUCUAUCCGAGCGUGGUACUCGCCGACCGAUUAUACGAGUUAAAAAUCACGGAUUUACCGACGAUCCCGUAUUUUCCGGUCAGCACGCACCUCGAAUGGACGGACUUCCGCUAUUACGGGCUGCGAAGUGCAAACGCCUACGUACUCGUAUUUGAUCUCAGCAAUCAGGACACGUUUCAGUAUAUUAGAACGUUACGAGAACAAAUUUACGAAGCACGAGACAUGAGGGGUGUACCGUUAUUAGUAGUUGGAAACAAGCAAGACGAAUUAUCGCCUGCGGUUGCUUCCGGAACUAGGUACAGGGAUAUCGUCAAUCUUGUCCGGAAGCACUGGCGAUGUGGCUAUGUCGAGUGUAGCGCCAGAUUUAACUGCCGUGUCGUACAGGUCUUUCGAGAAUUAAUGAAAAGCAUCCAAGCAGUCGAAGGCAGACCACCCUCACCCACGUCUGCACCCUCGCAACCCCUGCGAUCACACUCCCACGACACUGGGGAAAAGUGUAUUCUUCUCUGA